UGGCUGAGUUUCAUAAUGAUGAGCCCUCAAAAUCACCCAUUGGUCAAGUGUUCUUGAGGCUCUUCAGCCCAAAAUCAGAGAAUAUAAUCAACUGUAUGUGUCAUGGGAUUAAGUUAUCCAAUUGACAUACAAGCCUUUAAAACAGCAUUCUCAAACUCAAUCAUGUUCAAAAACCCAAGAUUUUGCAGCCUUAUAGUAAGAGAUAACAAUGGUACUAAAAACCAUUGGAAAAGAACUUGUAUCAAUAUUGAUGAUCAUUUCAUCAUUCACCAAAACACAACCAUCGUCAAAACCGACCUCGAAAUCGAAGAUGGAGACGAUAAAGAAGCUGCUAUCAAUUCAUUCUUGGCUGAAAUAUCAGUGUCAACACCAUUAAACGAAAACAAGCCAUUAUGGGAGUUACAUGUGUUGAUGGAUUUAAAUUGUGUAGUGUUGAGAGUUCAUCAUUCUUUAGGUGAUGGUGUUUCUUUGAUGUCAUUGCUUUCUUCUUGUUUUUGUCCAAAAAAUGAGAUAAUAAGUGAGGGAAGAAAGAAAGGAAUAUGGAAGUUAAUCAAGAGUUUAUGGUUAACAAUAGUGUUUAUUUUGAGGCUUUUAGGAAGGAUUUUAUGGGUGAAAGACAAAGUAAGUGUAGUAAGUGGAGGUGAUGGGGUGGAGCUUUGGCCUAGGAAAUUGGUCACUGCUAAGUUUAUGCUUGAGGACUUGAAGUCGAUUAAAUUGGCCAUCCCUAAUGCUACUAUCAACGAUGUCCUCUUGGGAAUUAUAUCAUCAGGGCUUUCCAAGUACAUAGAUAUCAAAUCACCAAUGGCUCUGCAUCAAACUCUUCAACUUACUGCAAUCAUCCCUGUCAAUUUACGUAAAUACCCAUAUUUACAGAAAAUGUCAGAAUUAGUGACCAAUUCUAAUUCUGGGUUAUCUGGAUGGGGAAACAAAACGAGCAUAAUACUGCUGCCAAUUAAGUGCCUUAACGGGCUCAAUGCUUUGGAACAUGUGAGGGCACUGAAGGCAACUAUGGACAAAAAGAAGCACUCAUAUGUAGCUUACUUCGGUUUUAGAAUAGUCCAAUUUCUAGUUUCUUAUGUAAGCCCAAAGGUAGGUUGUUGGUGCUUUCGUAAAAUAAUACGUAAUACAACCUUGGUCAUCUCAAAUAUUAAGGGUCCGUCUGAGAGGAUGGUAAUUGCUGACAAUCUGGUAACAUUCAUGAAAGUGAAUGUCUCAAGCAUACCCCACGCAAUUACGGUGCACAUGGUUAGCUAUGCAGGAAUGGUUAAUCUGCAAGUGAUGGUAGCUAAAGAUAUCAUCUCAGACCCAGAAAUUCUGGUGGAGUACUUCCAAGACUCUUUUCUAAAAUUGAAGAAUUCUAUCAAAAUGAACAACCAAGUUUAGAUAUCUUAUGAGUUUUUUUUUUUAUAAUGUUGCUAUUUUUAUUAUUGCUAUUGAUCUUUGCUACCUUCAGGAAUAACUGAUUAUUAAUGUAUACCAAAAGGAUCAUAUAAAUUUGAAAUAUAAGUGCCUUUUGAUAUUUCGACCUGGU